GUACCUUUUAAUAUAUAAUCCUGUGGAACAAGAGCGAUUUUCAGUGGUUUCAGUCAAUGUGAAUUCACCCAGAGUUAAAUUAUUAUCUCCUUUGGGAAAACCUGUUACUGUCCAGAUUAGUGCUGUUUGGGAUGGAGCAACUACAGUAUCACAUGAAGCGUAUCAGAUGUCUUUUGUGGCACACCUACCACCCCUAGGGCUUGGAGUUUACCAGCUUUUGGAGGUUCAGAGUUCAGAAGCAGUUUUAGCAGACUAUAACAUAUACAUGAGGAACAGCAGGCAUGAGAAGCCAGACAGACUUUUCAAGAUAAAAGAGAUGCAGAAUUCUGUGGAUAAUAUAAUCUUGGAAAACUCUUACAUGAAACUGUGGUUUUCUGGAAUGUCUGGAUUACUGGAGAAAAUAAAUACCAAAGAAGAUGGUAAAAAUCAUCCAAUGAAGGUGGAGUUUGCUUGGUAUGGAACUACAAGUAACCGGGAUAAAAGUGGAGCUUAUCUCUUCUUACCAGAUGGAGAUGCCAAGCCUUAUAUUUUUACAGAUCCACCUACCGUAAGAGUUGCUCAUGGAAAGAUUUUCUCAGAAGUUGUAUGUUUUUUUCACCACGUGACACAUACCAUGCGACUGUAUAAAGUCCAGGGUUUGGAAGGCCAGUCUCUUGAAGUUUCCAAUGUUGUGGAUAUUAGAGGAGAAUAUAAUCGUGAGCUUGCAAUGAGAAUUUCAUCUGAUAUAAACAGUCAAAACAGAUUUUAUACUGAUCUUAAUGGAUAUCAGAUUCAGCCCAGACUGACGAUGAGCAAAUUGCCUCUUCAAGCUAAUAUCUAUCCUAUGACUACAAUGGCUUAUAUCCAAGAUGUUGGCGUUCGUUUGACACUUCAUUCAGCUCAGUCUCUAGGUGUUGCAAGCUUGAAAAAUGGUCAGUUGGAAGUCAUCAUGGAUCGUCGACUUAUGCAGGAUGACAACCGUGGCCUUGGACAAGGUGUCCAAGAUAACAAGAUUACAGCUAAUAACUUCCGACUUCUGCUGGAAAGAAGAGAUGGAACUGAUAUG